GGGUAGCCUUAACGAGCCUUAACUGCCUUACUACGUAGAAGCUUCGAUGCACAGGCCACUACCCAGCUAGGGUAACUGGGAUUUCCUAGCAUUGUUCCACUGCCGUUGCCUCGUCGUCCAACGGGCUUGUCAAUAGGCAACAGCCCUGCAAUGUCAAUAAAAUAAUAAAAAAAUUGUACCAAACUAACUCUACCUGGGUACAUACACAAACUACGUCGGCGCAACCCAAACAACUUUCAAACCCUUUACCUACAACAUACUUCCCCAAACCACAAACGUCAAUUCUAGGGAUCUCCUUUUCUUACCACAACCAACAGCCAUCAUGGCUUCAGAUUUGAGCCAGAUCGCCCAGCUGUUGGAUGCGACUCUUGAUCCUAUCCACCACAAGAAAGCCGAGGGUAAACUCAAGGAGGAAGAAAAGAAGCCUCAGUUCUCGCUUCAGCUACUCAAGAUUGUUGCAACCGAGAGCCUUGAACCUAAGAUCCGUCUUUCAGGUGCACUCUGCUUCAAAAACUUCAUCCGACACAACUAUGUCGACGAGGAUCGAAACUACAAGCUUCCCCUCGACGAGGUUAACACGAUAAAGCAGGAGCUUAUUGGACUCAUGAUCGCCUGCCCCCCCACCAUUCAAACACAACUAGGAGAAGCCAUUAGCAUAAUUGCCGACUCCGACUUUUGGGAUCGAUGGGAUACGCUCGUUGCCGACCUGGUGUCACGAUUCUCGCCUGAUAACUACAAGGUCAACAACGGCGUGCUAGAAGUUGCACACUCCAUCUUCGCCAGAUGGCGACCCCUGUAUCGCUCUGAUGAGCUUUACACCGAGAUCAACCACGUACUCAACACCUUUGCCGGACCAUACCUAAAUCUUCUAAGUACUACGGAUCAACAGAUUACUGCCCAUGCCAACGACAAGACGGCCCUGAAGAACUACUUCGAUACACUGAGUCUACUAAUAAAAGUAUUCUAUGACCUAUCUUGCCAGGACAUGCCGCCGCAAUUCGAAUCGAACUUGGAGCAUAUCUCGACUCUACUCCACAAGUAUUUGACAUACGAGAAUCCGCUUUUAGCAACUGACGACGAUUCGGAAGCCGGCAUCAUCGAGAUAGUCAAGGCCGACAUCUGCGAGGUUUUGCAGCUCUAUGUAACUAAGUUCGACGAUGACUUUGGCCGGUAUACGCAGGUGUUCAUUGGUAGUGCAUGGAACCUACUCUCGGCCAUCGGACCGGAAACUAAGUAUGAUAACCUUGUCAGCAAGGCAUUGCACUUCCUAACUGCCAUCGCUGCCUCCCCAACGCACUCCGCCGCGUUCAACAACGAGAACGUCCUGAACCAGGUCGUAGAGAAGGUGAUUCUACCUAAUGUGGCUUUAAGAGAAACUGAUAUCGAGUUGUUUGAAGACGAGCCCAUUGAGUUUAUCCGGCGUGAUCUCGAGGGAUCAGAUACGGAUUCUCGACGAAGAGCGGCCACAGACUUCUUAAAGCAGCUUCAAGGCAACUUCGAAGAAUUGGUCACUAGUGUUGCUGGAAGAUAUAUCAACCACUAUCUAGAGCAAGGCAAGACAAAUUGGAAGGACAAGGACACGGCUAUUUCCCUAUUCCUUGCUGUCGCGGCUAAAGGUGCCGUGACCGCGGCACACGGUGUUAGAACCGUAAAUACUCAGGUCAACGUAGUCGACUUCUUCCAACAGCACAUUGCGAAUGACCUGAUUUCGGACGCGGGUGUUGAGCCAAUCUCCAAGGUUGACGCUAUCAAAUACCUGUACACCUUCCGAAGUCAAUUGUCGAAAGAACAGUGGCAAGCAGCAUUCCCACCCCUUGUCCAAAACUUGGGCUCGUCGAACUAUGUUGUCUAUACCUACGCCGCUAUUUGCGUAGAGAGACUUCUGUUCUUGGCCGACGAUUCAGGUGUCCGCUUUUUCGGUAGGGCUGACAUUGAGGGUGUCGCGAAAGAUCUUCUAGACCACCUUUUCAAACUCGUGGAAAAGGAGAACUCGCCCGCAAAACUGCAGGAAAACGAGUUUCUCAUGCGCUGCAUUAUGCGCGUACUAAUCGUUAUGAACACUGGCAUUCUCAGCUUUGCUGAUAUGGUCCUCGACCAUUUGGUAGCAAUCACAAACAUCAUCAAGGCUAACCCGAGCAACCCCCGCUUCUAUUACUAUCACUUUGAGGCCCUAGGAGCCGUUGUAACCCACGCCUCGUCUAGCGGAACGGCGACACUUGAAGGUCGCUUAUGGGAGCCCUUCAAUCAAAUAAUCGCAGAGGAAGUGAACGAGUUUAUACCAUACAUAUUCCAGAUCUUGGCAAAGUUGUUAGAGCUAGAGCCAUCCGGAACCCUUUCCAGUAACUUCCAAGCGCUGGUGCCUCCCUUGAUGAUGCCAACGCUUUGGGAAACAAGAGGCAAUGUCCCUGCUCUUACACGAUUACUAGCCGCGAUAAUACCUAAAGCGUCCGGCUCUAUUGUCGCAGAAAACCAGGUCCAGCCAAUUCUUGGCAUUUUCCAAACCCUCCUUCGCAGCAAGAAGACGGAGCAGAACGCGUUCGACUUGCUAGAAUCUAUCGUUCUAUUCAUUCCUAGAAACGCCCUUGAGCCCUACUUCAAGGAGAUCUUAUCUCUCCUCUUCACAAAACUCCAAGGUUCUCCAUCCGAAUCGUUCAAGUUGCGAUUUGUACGAUUUUACCACCUCGUGUCGGCCAGAGUGGAUGCCGGUCUAGGUACUGAUUUCUUCGUCAGCCAGGUAGACUUGGUUCAAAACAACCUUUUCGUCCAGAUCUACCUAAGCAUCGUUCUUCCGACUUCAGAUUUGCUAAACCGCCCGGUCGAUCGCAAACUUGCCGUGAUAUCCUUCGCCAAGUCAAUGGGAGACAGUGCCGCUUUUGCCCAGCGCUACCAGAAGGGGUGGCGGUUCACAUGUGAGGCCAUGCUGAAGUUGCUGCUGAAUGCGCCCAAGGUAGCGAGCGGCGCAGGUGAUGAUGUGGUUAACGAGGCAGACGUGGACGACAUUGGUUUCGGCCUGGGUUUCACUGCCCUAAACACGUGCAAGAAGUCUAUUCAGGAUGUCUACCCCGAGAUCCAGGACGUCAAGGUUUGGGUACGCCAGUACUUGACCGAUGCAAAUGCUCGGCACAACGGAGCCGUUGCGAAGUACAUCAUGGAGAGACUUUCGGAUGAGGGUAAGGCGGCUAUGGCGAUCUACGUAGGUUAAGUUUGGGAACCGGGGUUAGGUAGGCGAAAAGUUCACGACAUGAUCACUUGGUGGAUGGUUAGGUAAGCAUACACGUCUCUGAACACUUCUGAGGUUUGAUGGAAUGUUCUCGGAGAUCUUGAUCCUAGGCGACGUCGCCAGGUAUGAUAUGGAUGAAAAGGCUUGCGGACAGCCAUAAGUAGAUAGCCAAUACAAAAAUGCAAUCGCAGAACAUUAUCA